AUGAAGGAGACCUUGAAAAUGUGUUUCUUUUAUAAUGGAGUAGCAGGACUCAUAUACCUCUGCAUUUUCUGUCUGGAACCCUUUAAGUCCGCUCAAUCUCUCGACUCUACCACCGAUCCACCUCCGACAUUUACCAGCGUUCUCCGAAGAUUCACGUCACGUGAGAUGUCACUCGUAGCCAUGGCUAUUAUCCUCAUCUCCUCCAUAAGACGUAAAAAUCUGCAUCAUCCUUCGCAUCUCUCUCCUUAUGACUUUGUAGAUGAUGCAGAUGGUAGUAGUGAUGGUAGUAGUGCAAGUGAUUUUAAUAGUAGUAGUAAUCGUAUUAGUGACCGUAGCAGUAGUAGUAGCAGCAGUAGCCCCAGGAAUCUACCACCAACACUAGAAGAACUAUGUGUCUCCCCCGUAUCUAGACUAUAUAGAGCAGCCGCCCGACGCCUACACUCUCGCGGCCAAACCCGACAGCACUGGUGGGGUCUAAUGACUCUCAUCAUCCCGUUGGAAGACUCGAAAUUUACUACACAGCAAGGGCAACGUGAAUUCCUCGAACGGUGUAUAGAUCAAGGCGCCUAUAUCAAAGUGAUUGUUGCGUUGGAUAGUGAAGCGGAUUUCGCUAUAAUGGAUGUUAAUAAUGUAGACGGUGCUCCACUGUUAAGGGAUUCGAGACAAAAGAUUGUUUUGGAGUUUCGUAGUCCGCGAUUCUCUGCUUAUGAUGAAGUGCUAGAGCUGGACGAAAAGGGGAAGUGGAGGUUGAGGUGGCAGUGGAGAGUUUCGGAUAUAGAUUAUUUGUUUGCUAGUCAACAGCGUAAACGAAAAUAUAUAUAG